AGGGGUGCAGCGGGGAAUGUUGCAGUAAGAAGUCAUUUCUCACUUCACCUGGCCUGAAGAUGGACAAGCUGGGCUGCCUGAUUGUGCUUGCUGUCUCUUUUGGACUUCUGCACCAAGCUGCACACACCGUUCGCAUGGAGAAACUGGCCGACAGAAAAAUAUGCGCAGACAAGUACUGCUCAUAUGUGAUCUCAGUGGCUGAAGCUCUGGAGGACUACAUAGCUUCUGACUGCAGGUUCAUUAACCUGAAGAAAGGCCAGAUGAUUUAUGUUUAUUCCAAGCUUAAGCCUGUAGAGGGAGCCGGAGUCUUCUGGUCUGGAAGCGUUUAUGGUGACCGCUACAUGGACCAGAUGGGUGUCAUUGGCUAUUUCCCCUACAACCAUGUUAAUGAGACACAGAUUUUUGAGAAGAAAACUAUAGAGAUGCCCACAACAGACAUGGACUUCUUCUGUGAUUGAAGAGGAGAGAAAGUGUGGCUGAAACUGAAGAAACAUGCUGGAUCCUGCUUUGCUUUCUUUAGUAAGAGAAUUAUAAGCUUACUGUAUAAUAUCCUUACCUUCAGUGGUCAGUAAACAUAAAUGUUGGCUUACCUGCAUUGAAAAGUUGAGAAGUGUUUGUAGUGUUAUCUGUCAUAUUUGAAACCUAACCAGCACAAUAUCAUGGAUAUGCUAUUAAAGAUUUGAGAAAAAAAUGAA